UUCGCGCUACGUAAGGACGAAGGACGGCGGGGCGCAGGUGAGAGCCGCCCUUGAGUCUUGGGUGAGGAGGGUCUUCCGGGGUCCUGUCGGGCCGGAGGGUCCUGAAGCCAUGGAUUACCCACGUGUGCUUUGAGACAUGCUUUAGAUUUUUUUUCUGGAAGUCCUGCAACCAUCCUAAAACUUGAAUGUGUUGUGGAGCAGAGAGACCUAGGGUGAAGCGACUUCCAGUCAUUUGGAAAGGAUGGGAUGAAAAGGAACCUUGGUGAUAAUUUUGAUGUCUGCAAGAUUUAGUACCAGUGUAAUGGGAUUAUCGGUAACACCUUCACUGCAGAAAAAGCCACCUGGUGCUAUAACUGGCAGCAACUGAGAACUAAUCCUUUCCCAUCUCUUGGAUGUCAUUCAUGAAGCUCAAAGCAAUUUCUACCCUGCUAACUGUGAUUAAUUUUAUAAACAACAACAAAAAAUCAGGUCAGUGGUAGCAGCAUCUACCUAGAAUGAUGCUUCGUGGUGCUCUGGGGAAGACCUUCCGGCUCGUGGGCUACACCAUUCAGUAUGGUUGCAUAGCCCAUUGCGCUUUUGAGUAUGUUGGUGGCGUUGUGAUGUGUUCUGGACCAUCAAUGGAGCCUACCAUUCAAAAUUCAGAUAUCGUCUUUGCAGAAAAUCUCAGCCGACACUUUUAUGGUAUCCAAAGAGGUGACAUUGUGAUUGCAAAAAGCCCGAGUGACCCCAAAUCAAAUAUUUGUAAAAGAGUAACUGGCUUGGAAGGAGACAAAAUCCUCAGCACUGGUCCAUCAGAUUUCUUUAAAAGCCAUAGUUAUGUGCCCAUGGGCCACGUCUGGUUAGAAGGUGACAACCUACAGAACUCCACAGAUUCCAGGUGCUAUGGACCCAUCCCUUAUGGACUGAUAAGAGGACGCAUCUUUUUUAAGAUCUGGCCUCUGAGUGACUUCGGGUUUCUGCGUGACAGCCCCAAUGGCCACCGGUUUUCUGAUGACUGACAAGCAUUUAUUCCUCUGACCUGAUGAAUAUCUGCUGGGCCAGUGAAUUUACAACUGAAGCUGGAACCAUGCGCUUACCUUACCUUACCAAUAAACGAUUGGAUAUUUA